AAAAUAAUCCGAUCAGCUGAUCUGUCCUGGCAACGGUACAACGUAGCUACUGAGAUCUGCACGGGAGGGGGGUUGAAGAACAAAACAAUGACACUGCUCGGAAGGGUUCCCACUCAGUAACACUUGUAAAGUUUGAUUUUAUCCAAGCGACGUGACGUGGAUGUCCCGGCUCUUGACCGCGCAGAAGUAGCCGGCGGCUAGCCUAGCUAAGCUUGUUUUGAACAUCGAGCAGUUGUUGUUUUUGUUGACUUGUUCCAGCUGACAGCCCGGAGGCUAGCUGCUUGCUCGGACAGCUAGAGAGAAGUGCUCGGGCUUUGCUGGCUCGUUUGGAAGAGCUCGAACUGUUCGUCGACACUAAUUAGCCGUAAAGUUAAAUAAUUCCUUGAUGCCAAGUCAUAAAACCGUAAUUCUCUCGCGAGCUUCUUGACACCAGUUUAGCUAGCUAGCCUGUUAGCAUCAUAUUUACUUGCAUAUCUUUCAGGGAAAUCGUUAUUUUAUUGGUUGGUGCUGCCUAUUUAUUUAUUAAACGUUUACUUAUCAUGCAAUAUUUUAUGUUUUGCCGCAUAAAAGCCGAAUGACUUUUAUUUUGCUAGUGUUAUAUAGUUGUUAGACUUUUUUUGUUACUUUAAAAAAAAUCAAAAUAAUAAAAAGCAUUAAAUGCCACGCUUCAAGCUAAUAUUUUAAACUUUGUUGCUAAAUAGCUAACUUCCAGUUGUUGUAAAGUGUUCUGUCAGCGUUUUCAUUAUUGCAUAUUGACCCUUUUGCAUCAAUAUAUUAGGGAAAAAAGCUGAUCAAGUAAGCAAUAGUCUAUUAGCUCAAGUUCAUUGAAACAAUGAGCGGCCAUGGCUCAUCCUCUGAAAAAGGAGUUAAUACUAAUCUGAUAUGUCAGGAAAGUUAUUGUUGUGGUGGCUCUGAGGAGGCUGCGUUUGAAUGUGUGGACUGCAAAACUCUCCAAUGUGUCCGCUGCGAAGUGGAGCUCCACAAGCAGGAGUGCUUCCAGAGCCACGAGCGGGUUCCGAUAAGUGCCGGCCACGUCCCCUACUGUGACAACUGUAAGGGCGGCAAUGGGGACGGUGGCAAGCGCCUCAGGUCGACGGUCCGCUGCCAGAACUGCAAAGUGAAUUUAUGCCAAGACUGUCAGAAGCGCACUCAUAGUGGGAGCAGCAAAAAGAAGCACCAGCUGAUAUUUUAUCCUCCGCCACCCAAACCUCCAGAGGGAAGCUCCGUCCAAUCAUCAGCCCCGGCUGCGGUUCAAAUCCCAGAGGAGACCAAAUCUGAGAGAGCAAAACUUCUGGAGAAGGUGUCCAGCUUUCUUCUGGUUGAUGAGAACGAGGAAAUGCAGAUAAAAGACGAAACUUCAUUCGUGAAGAGGCUCAACUGCAAUCCUGACCACCUGCUGAAAGUGGUGUCCAUCUUUGGAAACACCGGAGAGGGCAAAUCCCACACUCUGAACCACACGUUUUUCAUGGGCAGAGAAGUCUUCAAAACCUCCCCCACGCAGGAGUCCUGCACCGUGGGCGUGUGGGCGGCGUUCGACCCCAUCCACAGGGUGGUGGUCAUCGACACGGAAGGAUUGCUUGGGAACAGCUCGAAACAGGGCCAGAGAACGCGCCUCUUGCUCAAGGUGCUGGCCAUUUCUGACCUGAUCAUCUACCGCACCCAUGCCGACCGUCUCCAUGACGACCUUUUCAAGUUCCUGGGCGAUGCCUCCGAUGCUUACCUGAAGCAUUUCACCAAGGAGCUCAAAGCCACGACAGCUCGCUGUGGUCUGGACGUCCCGCUGUCAACCUUGGGUCCUGCUGUUGUCAUCUUCCAUGAAACUGUUCAUACCAAGCUGCUGGGUUCAGAUAAGUCCUUAGAGUCAGUAGAUCGGAUGCUGUUGGAUCGUUUUAGAAAGCUUUCUCGAUAUCCGGAAGCUUUCAGCUCUGUCCAGUACUGGGGCACCCAGACGCUAAGCCCACCCACAGAUUUCAGUGGCCUCCAGAUGAAACUGGAGCUGCUCCUGGAUAACAAUGCCACCCGCUCACCACGCACCCCCGUGGUCAUCUUCAAAGCCCUGCAGGCGCUGAGCGAGCGCUUCAACGGGGAAAUCACAAGUGAGCUCAUCGGACAGAACUGCUUCUUUCCUGAUGAGUACUUCACCUGCUCCAGCUCCUGUCUCAGUUGCGGGUUUGGCUGCAAGAACAGUAUGAAUCAUUUAGGAGAAGGCGUGUGCCACGAAGCCAAGAGCCGCUGCCGCUACUCCGCUCAGUUUGACAAUCGUAUUUUCACGUGCAAGGCUUGUUAUGAAGGCGGGAAGGAAGUGAUUGUUGUCCCUAAGACCUCUGCCUCCUCAGACUCUCCCUGGAUAGGCCUCGCUAAAUAUGCCUGGUCAGGAUAUGUAAUUGAAUGUCCCAACUGUGGAGUGAUCUACCGGAGCCGUCAGUAUUGGUAUGGGAACCAGGAUCCUGUGGAUACAGUUGUUCGCACUGAGAUCCAGCAUGUUUGGCCAGGAUCGGACGGCUUUUUAAAGGACAACAGCAAUGCUGCACAGCGCCUUUUGGAUGGAGUUAACCUCGUGGCUCAGUCUGUCUCCGAACUCAGCGUCAAACCUGCCAAGGCCGUCACCUCUUGGCUGACAGAUCAGAUCGCCCCGGCCUACUGGAAACCCAACUCUCUCAUCAUGGUGUGCCACAAGUGUCAUGCAGUCUUCCAGGAUAAUGACACCAAGCAUCACUGUCGCGCCUGCGGGGAGGGCUUCUGUGAUGGCUGCUCCUCCAAAGCCGCGCCCGUCCCCGAGAGAGGCUGGGGUCUCGGCCCUGUCAGAGUCUGCGAUGUCUGCUUUGAACAGAGAGCUUCGUAUGCAGAGAUCCUUAAAGCAGAACUCGAGGAGGAAGAAGGUGGAACUCUUGCCAGGAAGGUGGGAGAAGCUGUUACCAAUACCAUCGGGGUUGUGGUCACUGCCAUUGACAUCCCACUUGGCCUCGUAAAAGAUGCGGCUCGUCCUGCUUACUGGGUUCCCGAUCAGGACAUUCUGUCAUGCCACAACUGCCAACGUGAGUUCACUGCCAAACUGUCCAAGCACCACUGCCGCGCCUGUGGCCAAGGUGUGUGCGACGAGUGCUCGCCGGAGCGCCGAUCGGUGCCGUCACGUGGCUGGGACCACCCUGUGCGCGUGUGCUCCAGCUGCAACCAGAAGCCAGGAGAACUUUGACGACGGAGCUCGCCGUUCUCAAAGGCAACAGUCUGCCACUGAUGAAGCAUACCUCUACCACGUCACGGAUUCUGUCCUGUAUCUGCGGAAAGGAAAACUUCAGGAAUAUGUUUAGCAAAUCUGGAAUCGUAGAGUUCCUGUGGCCUUUGUAGAACAGCCAGAAUAUUGGGUUAGUUAACAAACUUAGUAUUUUGAUGAGAACAAAUUCUUGGUUUUCAAUUAGAUAAAACUGUCCAGCUAUUUUUCUACUUUUAGAAACUAUUUUAAAAUGCAUCAUUUUAAACUAACCGUUAGCUGAGAGUGCUGGUGAGUUGGUGUGAUUAGUUCCCAGCACUUUUUAUCAUUAAGUGCUGCUCCCUGAGCUUGAACCAGAAACAUAUUUUAUGUGGGUGCAGGCAUAACUGCAGGUUCCGUUACAUGCAUGCAUGCAUUGCAUUAUUCUAGUUUUUGCACUAAGCCUUUUUUUUUUUUUACUAUUUAGACUAUAGCGUAUCAUAGCUAAAAUACAAAUAUAGUGAAGCAGUUUGUUGUGUUGAGCUCUACAAAAGUAGAUGUUAGUUUUGGGGAUAUCUGGUGUGCCAAAAAUCAUUCAGGUCACUGUCUGUUGUGGUAUGUUUUUUGUGUUGUUUGUGACAAAAGGAUGUAAAAGAGUGAAAUGUGGAAGAGUAUUUAUGUAGUGAUGAUAAAAAAAACACACACACAAAGUAAUCAUAAGUUAUUAGACAAGUGUUCUUUGGCGUGCAUGGUAGUGAGCGAUCCAUGGCCUUCUAUGUGUUCAGAGGGUAGUCUCUGAAUCAAACCUCAAGCUCUCUAUGACCCAGUGGCAUUUCGGUGUAUAGCUCGAUUGUGUGCUCAUCUUUUAUUUGAAUAAUUAUCAAAGUAUGUAGUAUAUGCUUGAGUGUAUGAAAAUAGGCUUUCAGAGUUUAAAGAACAUUAAAAUUUGUCCUCACAAUGUGUUUGCAUAUUCUGCUCAGGCCUCUGCAGCCUGACAAGAUAAAGGACUCUUGACAUGAUUUAUGUCCUCAUCCCACCACAUUUUUGUGAUCCAUCAUCUAAAGAUAUUGUAUGAUAUAUAUAAAUAUAUAUAUAUAUAUAUACUUUUUUGGUUGUUGUCUGAUAUUAAAAUGUAUUUACGGUCUUUGUAGUAACUGUAUCCAAAACUUGGAUUUUGUUUUUUUUCUAUUAUGCAACAUAUUCAAUUUAACAAGAAAGAUUUAUCUUUAGUUGCUUUAGUAUAAAUUUUGCGUUCUCAUGCAACAAGAAAACGCAGAAUUUAGAAAAAAACAAGGACAGCCUGUUAGCUUGUAUAUUAUUAUUCAUUACAAAAAGGGUUCUUUGUUAAAUGUAGCUUUGAAACUAAUUCUCUUUUUGCACUCAUAAUACACCUCUGAUGUUUGAGAUUCUGUGUCUGCCUGGGUUUAAAAUAGAUUUAUGUUGCCUGAGUUUUCCCUUCAAAAAAACUCUCCUCUGAAAUGCUAAUGUUGCACAGGGAAGAAUGGAUGAAACAAUGACUGGAGUUGUCUGGUUUCAUUAAAUCCUCCUUAUAGAUUUUGAUAGAUACAUUUCUUCCAAAUGUGAGUUUUUGUAUGUGUUCAAUCCGUAUGGGUGCUAUUGUCAACAACUCCUAUUUAUCACAGAGGCCCAGGCUUUAACCUAUUUAAAUGUAAUAAAUAAAGGCAUGUCUGUAGUUUCCAAA